GCGCCCGACCCCCGACCCCCGAGCCCCGACCCCCGAGCCCCGAGCCCCGAGCCCCGAGCCCCGCCAUGGAGCCCGACAGCAGCCCGCGGAAGAUCCAGUUCACGGUCCCGCUGCUGGAGCCGCACCUUGACCCCGAGGCGGCCGAGCAGAUUCGGAGGCGCCGCCCCACCCCUGCCACCCUCGUGCUCACCAGUGACCAGUCCUCCCCAGAGAUAGAUGAAGACCGGAUCCCCAACCCGCUCCUCAAGUCCACUCUGUCCAUGUCUCCACGGCAACGGAAGAAGGUGACAAGGACCACACCCACGAUGAAAGAGCUCCAGAUGAUGGUGGAGCAUCACCUGGGGCAACAGCAGCAGGGAGACGAGCCUGAGGGAGCCGCCGGGAGCUCGGGGCCCCGGGAGCCCUGCCCACCUGGGAUCCCAGACGCGGAGGCGGCCUGCAGGCCGGGCGCGGGGAAGGCAGCAGGGCCUGCAGAACCCACGCGCGAAGCUCAGGAGAGGGGCAGGGAGAAGCCCGGCAGCGAGGAACCCACGGCCCAUAUACCACCACCGGCCUCCCAGGGAGCCAAGCCGGUGUGACUCGGAAGCAGGCAUCCUGCCAUCGACACUGCGGCUGGGAACGCACGGACACUGGAUCUCUUUCU